UGUACAUUUCUCCUUUCUUUUUCAAAUUCACUUCCUUCUGAAAUAAUUCAUUCCGCACGCCAUAGCGAACCAACAACAGAUGUCUGGAGACAUGGCCACAGAGCAUGUAAAUGGGAAUGGCACGGAAGAAGCCAUGGACACGACGGCUGCAGUUACCCAUUCUGAGCACUUCCACACUUUAAUAGAGGCUGGUUUACCACAGAAAGUUGCUGAAAAACUAGAUGAAAUUUACAUAGCAGGAUUGGUAGCACACUGUGACUUAGAUGAAAGGGCCAUUGAGGCAUUGAAAGAGUUUAAUGAAGAAGGCGCUCUUCAAGUUCUGCUCCAGUUCAAGGAUAGUGAUCUGUCGCAUGUGCAAAACAAAAGUGCCUUUCUCUGUGGAGUGAUGAAGACCUAUAGACAGAGGGAGAAACAGGGCACUAAAGUUUCAGAUUCCAACAAAGGACCAGAUGAAGCUAAAAUAAAGGCUUUGCUGGAGCGAACCAGCUACACGCUCGAUGUGACAACAGGUCAAAGGAAGUAUGGUGGUCCACCUCCAGAGUCUGUAUAUUCAGGUCUACAGCCCACUGUUGGUACAGAGAUUUUUGUGGGCAAAAUUCCAAGGGAUCUGUUUGAGGAUGAACUUGUCCCCUUGUUUGAGAAAGCGGGCCCGAUCUGGGACCUUCGCCUCAUGAUGGACCCCCUAAGUGGCCUGAACAGGGGUUAUGCCUUUGUUACAUUCUGCACUAAAGAGGCUGCCCAGGAGGCAGUGAAGCUGUGUAAUAAUAAUGAAAUUCGCCCUGGCAAACACAUCGGCGUCUGCAUUUCAGUAGCCAAUAACAGACUGUUCGUAGGCUCUAUUCCCAAGAGUAAAACGAAAGAACAGAUAUUAGAAGAGUUUUCCAAAGUCACAGAGGGUCUUCAUGAUGUCAUAUUGUACCAUCAGCCAGAUGACAAGAAAAAGAACCGGGGCUUUUGCUUCCUGGAGUAUGAAGACCAUAAAACUGCUGCCCAAGCCCGACGCAGGCUAAUGAGUGGCAAGGUCAAAGUGUGGGGCAACGUGGUUACAGUGGAGUGGGCAGACCCUAUUGAAGACCCUGACCCAGAAGUUAUGGCCAAGGUGAAGGUUUUGUUUGUCCGGAACCUUGCCAGCACUGUGACAGAGGAAAUACUUGAAAAGACAUUCAGCCAGUUUGGGAAGCUGGAACGAGUGAAGAAACUGAAAGAUUAUGCCUUCAUUCACUUCGAUGAACGUGAUAGUGCUGUAAAGGCAUUGGCUGAAAUGAACGGUAAAGAUUUGGAAGGAGAGAACAUUGAAAUUGUUUUUGCGAAGCCUCCAGACCAGAAGAGGAAAGAGCGCAAAGCACAGAGGCAAGCAGCAAAAACACAAAUGUAUGAUGAUUAUUACUACUAUGCCCCCCCCCAUAUGCCGCCUCCAACAAGAGGUCGGGGCAGAGGAGGUAGUAGGGGUGGUUAUUCGUACCCUCCUGAUUACUAUGGCUAUGAAGAUUACUAUGAUUACUAUGGCUAUGACUAUCAUAAUUACCGUGGCGGAUAUGAAGACCCCUACUAUGGCUACGAUGACUUUCAAGCUCCCACUCGAGGCAGAGGAGCCAGAGGGGCACGGGGCUCCUCUCCUGCCCGGGGCCGGGGGGCUGGAGCUCCACGGGCCAGGGCUGGCUUCUCACAGCGAGGUGGUCCAGGAUCAAGCAGAGGGGCACGUGGUGGCAGAGGAGGCGUUCAGCAGAGAGGCCGCGGGCAGGGAAAAGGGGUCGAGGCUGCACCUGAACUGUUAUGAUGAAGACUGACUUGCUAUGUGGGGUUACACCAGAAGCUGCCAAUGGAUGUGAUGGUAAGGUCAACGUAAUGGUCCAAUGAUAUUCCAGCCUUUCAGAAGCAUAUCUCCCUGACUGCCACCCUGAAAGAUAAUCAACGGAGCAAAUUCAAGAAUUUGUGACGUGCUUGGACUUUUUUCUUUUUACACAUUGGGAUAUAAGUAUUGAAAUUAACAAAACUUGCCACCUCCCCUGACCUCUGCCCCUCCCCAAAAAGAAAAUGCCAUUUUAAAUACCUAUCAAAGAUGUUCAGAUUUCCUUAAGGAUGCUUAUCCUGAAAUGAAAUGUAAAAUGUAUUUUGCACUUUGUCUUAGUUUGAAGUGGCUCAAAUGGAGCUUGAUGCUAUUGUAUAUUUUUGUGCUAAUUGCAGCUUUAUGUUGGAAUAUGUUAAUCUAAAUUGAUUUGGAAAGGUUUAAAGAGGACGUUUUGCCGGUUUUUAGGUGUAACCACCUGGCAUCAAUAGUCAGGCAUUCCAGGAAAAGUGGUUCUUUUCAGAACUUGUCUUUUAAAGGGUUGGUUAACUACCUCAGUACAGAGGAUUAAACUGCCCUGUCUGUACUGUAAAUAGGGAAAAUGUUAUUGGUGAAGGCAGGGCUUGUUCCACAUAAAAUAUGCACAAGAGCAGCAGCAGAACAGAUGUACUUAAUGUAAUAUAGUCAUUUUUGCUGUUGCUCUGACACUGCGAACAGUCAAACUGGGCAAGUAUAAUGAUCUCAUAUGAUGAGCCUGAACAGGACCUGCCUUGAUCUCAUUUGAACUGAAUUAGCUGCCUUGCUUCUUCAGAUUAUGUAGUUACUGGUUGUAUGAUAGUUUAGAAAAAUGUUACUUUUGUAAAAGCUUGAACAUCAGAAAAAGCUUCAACUACUUUUUGACUAUACCUGCAGUGUCCCUUUUUUUCUCUAUGGAAGACAGUGUCUUCGUUUUUUUAUAAAAACGCAUCUGUUUGAAAGUUGCGUACACAAUUAUGUUCCAAAGUCAUCAGAUCUCACGUGUACAGAUUUUUCCUAAUCAUGCACAACACGAACGGUAACAUCUUAACACGCUGCCUUUUUGUCACGUUUAUAACAUAUGUGACAGAAGUCUCAAAUUUCCAGGAUAGAUGUGUUAGAAGACUGAUGGUCCUCCGGUUUAAAGGGGAUACUGCAGCCUUGUAUUACUUUUUCCUUAUUUCAUGCAUUGCAAAAGGAGACUGAACAGUUGAUCCGGUUUUGUACACAGUUAACUCCCUCUCGACAAGUCUGUAUAAACAAACAAACCUUUGAAAAGUUACCAGUUUUAAACUAUUGUUGGUGGCCAACAACCGUUUUUGCAUUCCUGCAAAUAAAUUGUUUUAU